CGCACUCCCAGACCAGACGCAGGGGGGGUCACUUGAGGCAGCGCGCUUCCGGCUCAGGUUCCCUACGCCACUUCCGGUGAUUGUGACGCACUGGGGUCUCGGCUCUGUGGGGGCUGGUGGGGUGCCAUGGCGGAAUGCCGAGCGCCGAACGCUCGCUGGUUCUUCACCCGGGAACAGCUGGAGACGAGCCCGUCCAGGCGCUGCGGGAUGGAGGCGGACAAGGAGCUCUCCUACCGGCAACAGGCGGCCAACCUCAUCCAAGACAUGGGCCAGCGCCUCAACGUAUCCCAACUGACCAUCAACACUGCCAUUGUUUACAUGCACAGAUUCUAUAUGCAUCAUUCUUUUACCAAAUACCACAGACACAUAAUGUCUCCUACUGCAUUGUUCCUGGCUGCCAAAGUGGAGGAGCAGCCACGUAAACUUGAACAUGUCAUCAAAGUGUCCCAUGCUUGUCUUAAUCCUCUAGAUCCCCUGCUGGACACAAAAAGUGACGCAUACCUACAGCAAGCGCAAGAGCUGGUUAUACUUGAAACAAUGCUGCUACAGACCUUAGGUUUUGAGAUCACUAUUGAGCAUCCCCAUACAGAUGUUGUCAAAUGCACCCAGUUAGUGAGAGCAAGCAAGGAUUUGGCACAGACUUCGUAUUUCAUGGCUACCAACAGCCUUCACCUCACUACAUUCUGCCUUCAGUACAAGCCCACUGUAAUCGCAUGUGUGUGCAUUCACCUGGCCUGUAAGUGGUCCAAUUGGGAGAUCCCUGUAUCGACCGAUGGCAAGCAUUGGUGGGAAUACGUGGACCAAACGGUUACAUUGGAGUUGUUGGAUGAAUUGACGCACGAAUUCCUGCAAAUUCUCGAGAAAACGCCUAGCCGACUGAAGAAGAUUCGCAACUGGAGGGCCACCCAAGCGGCAAGGAAGCCCAAGGCAGACGGACAGCUUGACAACUCCCUCCUUAACUCUUCUUUAGUCCCAAACUCAAUUUUGGUGGACCCUGUAGUUGGCAUCACUUCAAGCGCCACUUUUCCCAAGCCUUCAACAUCUGCAUUUCCUGCACCUGUAGCCCUGAACUCAGGAAGCAUGCCCCUUCAGGCAACCCAUAAUGCUGAUGAACUGUCAAUGUUAGCCAUGCCUGGUACAUCCUUCACCAUUUCAUCCCAUCAUGAAUGGCCUCAACAACCGGAACAGUCUAGAAACGAUCAAGCAUACAGCCAGAAGCAAGAUGGUUCCCUUUCGGCGGCUCAGUUCAAUAUAGCUCAACUCCACCCUGGUUUACAUCAUCGGUCCGAGAAAGGUUCUGAGCAUACGGUGAAGCAGGAACACAGUCACAAGACAUCCAGCAGCAAACACCAAGGACAGAUUUAUGCUCCGCCUGUAACAAUGUCCCAUAAAAUGUCUUUGGACAAGUACAGAGAGAAACGCAAGCUUGAAACUGUUGACAUUGAUUGCGAUCAGAUCCCAGCUGGUCACCUUGAUCAACCGCAGCAGUCGCAUAAAAAACAUGGACAAUUUCCUGGCGGCAGCUCCGUCGCCUCCCCUAUCAAAAUGAAAAUUCCGAUCUCUACCACAGAGAAGACCGACAAACAUUCUUCCGAAAAAAGGGAUAAAGGCGGCUCCCUUAAGUUGCGGAUUCCCAUCCCACCGACGGAGAGAGGCUCCAGCAAAGAGGACUUGAAAAUGAAAAUAAAAGUCUCUUCCGCAGACCGACACAGCUCAUCCGAUGAGGGCAGUGGCAAGAGCAAGCACUCAAGCCCUCAUGUGAGCAAGGAACACAGAGACAAGCACAAAGAACAUUCUUCCAAUCGGCACCAUAGUAGCAGCCACAAGCAUUCCCAUUCACACUACAGCAGCGGGAGCAGCAACAACAGCAAUAAACUUUGCAUAGAUGGGAUGCCAACGACUGUUUUACGGAGUCCUGUUGGUGUGCCCAAGGAUGGUGGUACCUCGAGCUCCAGCUCCUCAAGGAAGAGGCCGCAUUCCAAUGACGCCUCUUACAACCACCACACCAAAACGGGCAAAAGUUCCAAAAGUUCAGGUAGUUCCUCUAGUUCUUCCUCUGUUAAGCAGUAUAUAUCCUCGCACAACACUGUUCUUAACCAUCCCUUACUCCCUCCUCCCCCUGUCACAUACCAGGUGGGCUACGGGCAUCUCAGCACCCUCGUGAAACUGGAAAAGAAGCCAGUGGAGAGCAACGGCCCUGAUGCCAGUCACGAGUACGGUGCAAACAGCCAGCAUAUGGACUACAAAGAUACAUUCGACAUGCUUGAUUCGCUGUUAAGUGCCCAAGGAAUGAACAUGUGAUUAGCGCUUUUUAAAUUUUAAACGGCUUCUCCCUGCCCACUCCCCCCCACCACUUCCCAACCCUAUUUGCCCCCUCCCCUUUUUAUCAUGUAUAUAUUAUAUAUAUUUUUUUUAAUUUAAAACAGAAAAGUUAGUAUGGAAAAAACUUCCUUAUCUAACCAAUGGUAACACCUGUUGCCGCAGUUUCAAUAAAUGUUUAAGUGCUGCUCUUAUCCCUCAAAAAAGAAGAGGUUUAGUGAAAUGUCUAUCUCCACAUAUGAUAGUGUUAUUAUAAAUACUGUAAUUGCAUGGAAAGUGCAAAAAAACUAAAAAAAACUCAGUAUUUCUUCAAUUCUAUGAACAUAAGAGAGCGGAUGGGUUUGCUUCUAAGUCGAUAGAUUGCUUCAAGCCUGGUUAACUCCGCCUUCGGCGUUGGCUGCCCAGCAGUUCCUUGAUGCUUAGAUUUUGUCAGAUGUGUAUAAAAAACUUUUUUUUUUUUUUUUCUUUUUGUAUAUUUAAAAUGUAUGAUAUGCAUGUCUCAUAGAUAAAGGGAUAAAAACAGAUUAUACGGACAACUGUUUACAAGAAGGUGGAGAAAAAAAAUGUACAUACAUUUUUGUAUGUUUAGAUAUAACCAUAAAAUACUCAGGUUUGGAGCUGCUUGUAAGAAUAACAAUAUACAGAUUUAACUUUAUUUUAUCUCGUCAUAGUCCAUCGAAAAAUACUAAACACAACAAAGAUGGCUUUGCCUCGUCUCCUUAAAACAAAACAAAAAAUGUAUUCUGUGCUACAAUGGCCUGGAAUCAGAAGGCUUUCGUGGCACUAGGACAGUAAACUGUAGGCCUUAAUGGAAUCAGCUGAAAACCACUAAAGAGGACAUUUUUGUUGUAGCCUGUGAAGCAGACUUUACCCGUAAGCAUCACCAGAGCGGCAGUAGGGGGAGAGCGCACGUGCCUCUUUUUUUCUUUUUCUUUUAAAACGCAGUGACUGGCUCUUUCUCAGUCCUCAGGGUUGCGAAGGAAGUAGGAAAAAAGAAAAAAAAAAAAAAAUAAGUUUACAUAAUCUUUUGCUGUGAAGUGCAUUUAAGUGUUUAUUGGCUUGAUGCAGUAAUAUAGACAGAGUUGAUGGUAAAGGUAAUUGUAGAUUCAUGUAAUUUAAACAAACGACAAAAAAACUUCAUAUUUGUAAAGAAAAAAAAAAAAAAAAGGAAAAGGAAAAAAACUUCCGUAGUGAUUUGUUAGGUUUUUUUUUUCUUUCUUUUUUUUUUUUUAACCAAAAGUUAUUUUAAUAGCCCAUAGGAUCACUGUUUUUAUUAGCGUGUCAGAAUGUACUUGUCAUUUUGCCAAUUCAUAAACUUUCCCAAAUAAAUGCAGUCCUCACGCGAGAGUUGAAAAAUUGCUACAUCCUGUUUUUUUGUUUUUCAUUUUAGCGGGGCAGUUGUCACUGACUUUUGCAUUGUACUUGUGAGGUUUGAUGUUGGGAGGGUUUCAUGUUUUUUUUUUGCUUUACUCUAAAUGACCGUGAAAACCACUCCCCUCCAUUCUGUCGCUAUCUGGAUGUUGCGUGUUCAUAGUAUGUGCGGUCUGUUUUUAAUGAAACUGUAAAAACAUUUUUUAUAUACUUUUUUUUUUUUUUUUUGCCUCCUGAAUCUUCUCAAUCCUAUUCAGUGACCAGUCUUCUCAUUUUACUGUAUAUGUACUCAGUGCUGACAGACCAGAAAAUAAAGCGUAUAUUUUUAUUCAUUACUUUGUAUUUGAAAGUACUGUAUGCACUAUUGUAAGUCACUUUGGAAACAAACAAAAAACUGGAUUGUAUGUUUAAUGUUAUAGAGAUGGUGCUUGGCAAAUGUGUCUGUGUGCUGUGGUGGGAGCUUUUUAGUGGAACAAACUUUACAGCCAAUUGUCUCACUAGAAACUUGACAGGAAGUGACGUCAUAAGCUCCUGCAUUGCGGCUCAGGCACAAGAUGGCUGUUCUGAUCAUGUGUAGGGAUUUAGUAAAAAAAGUUUAACAAAGCUCACUGUAAACUUGGAACAUUCGUCCUCUGCUCUAAUUCUGUAUACCUGAACGUUCAUUUCAUUGUGGUAGUCUGAUGAUUUUGAGUGAAUGCACAGGAGGUGACGUUUGAAAUGGUUCUAGCCAGUAUGCAAUUUUUUUUUUUUUUUGUCAAAAUAAUAAACCGUCGGCAUUCUUGCUAUAAACCAAUGACUACUCCUAGCCUUACAGUGUAUACAUGUAUUACUGAUAUUGUUACGCCAGAAUGAUAAUAAAUGUAAAUACAAGUUUG